CUCCUUUAAAUUAGGGCCAAAGCGGUGUCCAGAGCCGCCAGUGUUUAAAAGGGCAACCCUUUUUCUCUUCCUCCUCAAAAACCUUUUUAACUCCAUUUAUUGCCUCUUCUUUCUCGCCGCUCGAUUCAUCCCUCUCCCAAGUGUGCGUUAGCAAAGUUCCUACCUUUCUCAACUCCAUGGCCACUCGUCUUCAGUUUGAGAACAACUGUGAAGUUGGUGUCUUUUCAAAGCUCACUAACGCCUAUUGCUUAGUUGCUAUUGGAGGCUCUGAGAACUUUUACAGUGCUUUUGAGUCGGAGUUAGCUGAUGUUAUCCCUAUCGUUAAGACCUCUCUUGGUGGAACACGGAUUAUUGGCCGUCUUUGUGCUGGAAACAAGAAUGGGCUUCUUGUGCCUCAUACAACUACUGACCAAGAGCUUCAACACUUGAGGAACAGUCUACCUGAUCAAGUUGUGGUCCAGAGAAUCGAGGAGCGUCUCUCUGCUCUUGGUAAUUGCAUUGCUUGCAAUGACCAUGUUGCUCUUGCUCACACCGAUCUUGACAAGGAAACUGAGGAAAUAAUAGCGGAUGUUCUCGGUGUUGAAGUUUUCCGUCAGACGAUUGCAGGCAACAUUCUUGUAGGCAGCUACUGUGCCUUGUCCAACAGAGGUGGCAUUGUUCAUCCUCACACCUCAGUGGAAGACUUGGACGAGCUCUCGACACUACUUCAAGUCCCACUCGUUGCAGGAACUGUGAACCGUGGUAGUGAAGUUAUAGGCGCGGGAAUGACCGUUAAUGAUUGGACUGCUUUCUGCGGUUCAGACACAACUGCAACAGAGCUCUCUGUUAUAGACAGCAUCUUCAAGCUAAGGGAAGCCCAACCUAGCUCUAUUGUCGACGAGAUGAGGAAGUCUUUGAUCGAUACCUAUGUUUAAUUUUUGCUUUGAUUGGACGACACAACAACAACAUCAUCCCAAGUGUCAUUCCUUAUGUUUUUCAUAUCUUUUACUGUUGCAAGAAUUAGUUUUAUUCCCCUUUUGUUUUUACUGUGUUGAAUCUUUUUGAGUUAUCCAUAAAUGCAAACUAUCUUUCUAUUGGGUC